UUGUAACCUUUCAAACCCAUUUUUGUACAACCUGUCCAAAUUUUUGUGUGUAAUACAUUAAAUAAUAUAGAAAAAGUAAACAAAAAAAUAAUAAUCGAAAAUGCCUAUAGUCCCUCCUAAGUGUCCGCCUAUACCUGAGCGUAAACUGCCUCCACGACUUCCACCGCCUCCGCCGCCUCUACCGGAUGUCGAUCCCAAAUUUCUGAAAAUUCUUGAGAAAUAUAAAUACAAUUGGAGACUGACUCAGUUGUCGAGAGCUCGCAAAAUUGUAAAAAAAUUCGUUCAAAAGAAAGAGCCUAUCGGAUAUUAUGAAUCGCCUGUGAAACCAGGAGUGUUGAAGGGAAAGAUUCCUGAAAGAACAAAAGACGUAAAAACUAUCCCUCUAUGGAAACUAAAUCUUCAGAAAAAAUACUUCAGGACCUGUCGGAAUGUGCCAAAGAAACAAAGGAAAAAGCGCUACCGUAUAGUGAAUGCAAAUGUAAAGAAAACAUGGAAUUCUGUCUAUUACUAUUAUAAAAAAGCUCUAGCAGCGAAAAAGAAAAAAGAGGAAGCCGCUAGAGCAAGUAUUGACUCAAAAACUAAGAAAAAAUCUAAAAGUAAGGCAGAAAGGCUCAAAGAAGCUAUUGAGUAUUGCAAGUCAAUAGCAGUCCCCAAGAAAGUUUUCCAACCUACACCAAAACCGAGGAAAGUAGUAAAGGACUGGAAUACUUUGCUCGUUCACUUGGACACUUUAUCCGAGCCUGUUCGCAAAACUAGAAAAUAUAAGAGACCUUCGAUUGAUUCUCAAUAUGUGGAUCCAUCAAAAGUUUCGCCUAAAGCACUGAAAUACCAAAUUUCAUCUCGCGUAGAUGAUUUAGCUCAUAAACUUCCUGAACGAUACACAAGGAAAGAAAAGCCAAUUAUUCCAGGAGCGGUAAAACGUGGUGCCCUCAAAGCCAAAAUUACUCCAAGAAUAGAAGAAAUAUCAGCGCCUAAAAAACGCGCUGACGCUCCUGAAAUGGACGUCAAAGAAAAUCCUUUCUCAGUAAGCAAAAACGCUCUUAAAUAUAAGCCGACACCCAGGAUUGAAGAAUUAGCGAAACCCGUUGAACGAAAGUAAAUACCUAAAUGAAAAACGGUUCUUUUUUUCUUUUUCGAUUGUAUAAUAAAUAAUAAGAAACAAAAAAUAGAAAUAGUCUAGUCUAAGGUU